GUCGUCAGCCAUUUUUUUUUCCAUUGACCAUCAGAAGCGCCCCCACAGAAAUCACAAAAAUGGCGGAGCAAGGUGAAAGAGCCCAAUUACCACCGGGUUGGGAAUGCAGAUAUGACAUAAGAAGCGGUCGUGCGUAUUUCAUCAAUCACUUCAGCAGAACGACUACCUGGGAAGACCCAAGGGUCAGGUACUGGCAGUAUGCACAGUAUUUACAGGGUAACUCCGUUGCAACAAGCUCCCCAUCUACUGGAAAUUCACAGGAGGCAAUACCUAUGCAGACUGGAGGAGGUAUUGUCGGUGUCGGUGGAGGUCAUUUGGUGUAUGCGGCUGCCCACAGGGCUCCUCAAAUCUAUCCGUCACCAUACAAUAGCCCACAACCGGCAUUUUUACCGCCAAGUUCACAGGAAUUAAAAACGCCAAUGUCCACACGUACAAUGAGCGGAAUGACAAAUAGAUUUGGUGAUAUGACUAUUGGUUCACCAACGCCAAUGAGAACAAUGGAAACGAGUUUAACUCAGAAUGGUGACACUGAGUUUCAAGUUGCAAGGAUUAACGCCAUUUUUCCCACGGUAUCAGACACACACAUUCGACUGUUGUUAAAAAAAUACCAUAAUAGACCGGCAUUGGUAGUGAGUGCACUGCAAAUUGAGAAGAAUCCACUUUGUGCGCCUGGUCCAGGCACACCAGUUGGAGUGCAUUCAAACUACGCUAUACCGAGAUGGCGUCUACCGGCUCAUGCUAUUCACGCUGCUAUCACAUUGAGUCCACCGCGUGGGGCACGGCCAGCCCCAAACUCCCCAAAAAUGAAACUUAGGUACCUGAAAAAUAUAUUUCCCAAAGUAGACGAAACAUUGCUACUUGAUAUUCUGGAACAGAGCGAUAAUAAUGUUCAGAAAGCAACCGACAAGCUUAUUGAACAGGGAUAUGAGAAGAAAAAUCCCACCGGGCCCAUUAAAACAAUUGCCAAAGAAAGGAAAGAGGAGGAGGAGAUGAAAUCGCGACAGGUUAAAUCCGCUCCCACACCUCCACCAAGGAUGAAGAGUCUUGAGGAGAAGAAUAAGAUGAAGGCAAACUUGAUGGAGAAAUUUAAAUCCGUGCCAGAACGUGUGAUAACACUGGCAAUGGAUAGUGUGGAUUACGAUGAAGAAAGGGCUAUUCAUAUUUUGGAUAUUAUGGUGGCUGAGGAAGCCGUUAGUCAACCUCGUACCUUGAGUAGUCACAGUGACAGCAGCCGGAGCGAUGACAGAAAAUACAGUCCUCCCAUGACAGAAGCUAUUAAAUUGACAGCAUCUCCCAUCAAGAAAAUUAUUAAGGACAAGGAUAGCGAAAAAUCCAAGAGAUCGAAGAAUAGGAAUGAAUUACCAAAAGUCUCACGAGGUACGAGUACAACUGAAGAUGAUGAAUAUAAAUCGCCAUAUUUGAUUAAAGCCACAGGGGUUAAUCCUGAAUUAGCAAAGGGCCCAAACAACGAUUUGCUCUUGCCUGAUUAUGCUCCCUGGGCAGGCGCAGAUCCUGCCAAUCUCUCCAAAGAAUCAUCCGUACGGUUACUAGCAGUUGGAAAGGAUUCUUCACUAGUCUCCAGUCGCAAAACUCUGGCCAAAGGACCAAAUCCAGACUUACGAAAGGGACCCCUGAGAGGCCUGGCUGAGGGAUCAAUCUACUCUCAAAGGAACGCAGCUAAUACCGAAUGUCGUGGUAAAUGAGAAAUGUGUAAUUGUUUUCAUUUAUUUCUGACCUGAAAUUUCAUCGCCUUCGUUGAUAUAUUUGGGAUCGUUUGUUUUAUUAUUUUAGUAGAGUCAGUGAUUUUAUUUCUGUUGAUUUGUUACUGUUACUCAUUAUUUACAAAAUUAGUUUGCGUUAAUGAUUACGUUGCAUUGAUCGAGUUGUUUUAUUUAGCGAAAUCGUUUCGUUAGAAUGAGUGAUAUGUUCGCAGUUACCCGAGCUAUUAUGUCCUUUCAAACAUAUCGUGAAUAAUUUCCAGUCUCCGACGAUUAAAAUUCUGUAUUAUCAAUUAAUUACUUCAUUAGUCGGAUAAGCUAUUCGAAAUGGCUAGAUAAAAAUAGAUGAUCUCCUAGGUGUAAGCAAAAUUUCGACAAGAAUGAAGAAAGAAUCACUUACGUCCUGCGCAUACACUACGAAAAAUAAAAAACAAUUUUAAAAAAAUACGUCCUCGUGGUGUGCAUGAAGAUAACCAGAUUGUGACAAAUUUAUUGAUCAAAUUUUUGAUGUAUGUAUAAAAGUAUUUUCAUAUAGCUUCAUUUGAAACGAAUCAUAAUUAAAUAAUGACUAUUAUAACAUACUAAUCCUGCCUUCGAAACAAGAUGAAAAAAAACUUGAUAUUUGAAUACAAAAAAAAAAGUAAUAAAUGAAUGGGCUGUGGUUGAGAGGUUUGCUGAGGGCUAUUUUUAUAGCUUUUUCUGAACUCCCGAUGAAACUGAGAUCGAAUGAUAUACGUAAUAUAUUUUGACUAUAUUUUCAGUAUAGGCAUUGCGCAAGUAUAGAACGAUAGAGUGAAACUUGUAAAAAAUUAACACCUUCGUGAGAGCUUGAAAAAAAUAUAUUAAUGUAAUAUGGUAAAUCUUUGCUCACUACUAGAAAAACGAGAAUAACUUUAAACAAUCAUGAUAUAUCGUAAUGAUAACAGCUCGAAUCAAUUAGUCGAAAUAAAUGAGAUUCCUGCCAACCGAUGUAGGAGAUGUAUGAGAGAACUCAUUGAAAAACCGAGAGAAUUCACGCGAGGAUUGAACUUCUGACGAUAACUAUUAUUCCAUUUUUUCUCCUAUUUACUUUGGUAAAAUAUUUCCUAUAGAAAUACCUUCACACUAAAAUUGCCGAUCGGUUAAUUUUUUAAUGAGAGAAAAAAAGGAUGGAAUAUCGAAGAAUUUGUCUUUAGAAUUUUUCCCAGAGUAAAUUCUACCGAAGUCUCAAGUCGUAGAAUUCUCCGAUUUCUCAAAAAAAAAUUUCGUACGUGUGAAACUCAACUUCUGCAUAUUCAUAGAGAUGUUUCUUCCAACCAAUCUACUUGUGUAGAGACUAAACCAAAAUGGAAUGCCAAAUUUUUGUCGAUUACAUUAGGAAAAAUUUUAAAAUGUAUUUGUAUUGUUGUAUUUAUUAUAAAAAACUGUUUUGUGUCGAUAUUCGUUGUGCAAAGCACUGAGUAACAUAGAUGACUGAGAGAAAAUUCAUUUUUUCGAGUACAUAUUAUUGAGUAAAAAUUCAUUGUCGCUGUUAAUUGUAUUGGAAUCCACCAUCCCCGUCUGUUUAUUCCUACGUAAUUAAACCCUAACAAACAUUUAAAACAGAAAAUGAAACUAUUUUUAAUGAUAUUUACACGUAGUGUCAGAAUAUCUAACUUAACAGGUGCGUUAAAUUAUUAACAACACUGCUAGAAGUGGGAUGGAGGAGGUGCGGAUUAAUGCACUGAUUCUUUGUACUUCUGUAGAAUCGCUUUGCCACAUGAGCAGUAUUAUGAAGUAUUAAUAAUUAAACAAUUAAAUCGGAGGUGAAGUGCAGGACUGUGAAGGGGGAGUGGAUUGAUGGUGGUGAUGAAUGUAUUAAUUAAUGUAGUCUAUUGUUAUCUACACAUAUCUGUGCAAUAAAGAGUCAUCUGUA